UUAGAUGCAACUAUUCACUUUAUAAAAAGGUUUCGACUUCGAUGACCAACUAUGAAACAAAAGUUUUAGGCAGUACUCCGUCGAAUCAAACCGUAUCAAAGUAGGAACGAAAGAGACCACUCCUUCAUUCAAAAGCUCUCGCUUGAUCUCUUAACCGAUUAAGUAAGAAAUUCUUGAGAUGUACAUAUAUGUAAACGCAUUCUAUUAAUUCAAAAGGAUUGUCUGAUCAACAAUCAUCAUCUCUUAGUUAGGAUUGAAGAUGGGAAGAGGAAAGAUUGCGAUUCGGAGGAUCGACAACCCCACAAACAGGCAAGUGACUUUCUCCAAGAGAAGGAGCGGCCUUUUGAAGAAAGCAAAGGAGCUCUCUAUCCUAUGCGAUGCUGAAGUUGGUGUCGUCAUCUUCUCCAGUACCGACAAGCUCUAUGAAUUCUCAAACACCAGCAUGAAAUCAGUGAUCGAAAAAUAUCAGAAAGCUAAAGAUGGAGAUAAUCAACUACUGAGUCCAGAUAAAGAAGUUAAGUUUUGGCAAAAGGAAGCAACCAUCUUGAGGCAACAACUACAAGCACUGCAAGAUAAUCAUCGGCAACUAAUGGGGAAGGAACUCCACGGUUUGAGCAUUAAAGACCUGCAAAAUCUAGAAAAUCAAUUGGAAAUAAGCCUGCAAGGGGUCCGCAUGAAAAAGGACGAGAUAUUAACCGAUGAGAUUCAAGCGCUACACACAAAGGGAAAUCUUCUUCACCAAGAAAAUAUAGAACUCUAUAAAAAGGUAAACCUCAUUUGUCAAGAAAACAUGGAAAUGAACAAGAAGGUUUACGGAAGAGAUGCAACUGUAGGAAACAGAAACACAGCAAUUCCCUACGACUUGGGCAUUAUUGAGGACCCUCGGGUUCCUGUUCACCUCCAGCUAUGCUUGCCAGAGCAACCAAGUGUUAAGGCACUGGAAACAGGCCCAAAAUUGAGGUGACAUUGUAUUGGUGGGAUAGAAUACUGCGCCAAAAAGAAAAGAAUAUCAGCAAGAAAUGUUACAAAUCUGAGAUGGUAUAAUUGUUUGAAAGGAUUUCGAGACUAAUAAUGCAGCUCAAUUUAUUACAGAAUGAGACUAAUUAAGUGUAAAAUUAUAUACAACAGUAGGGUUAUCCCCAACUUCUCACCUACCCAAUUGGGGUAAUAAUUAAAAAUGUCUAUUGCUUA